GACUUUCAGCAGCUUAACGUCUCUGCACAGCUUCCAUGAAAAGCCACAACAGGAAGUCUGUUUUCUACACGGUUUUGUAUAUACAUCACAUUUAACUAUUAGGAGGAAGGAAAGGAAUACAAAAACAACGUUCUCUUUUCUCGGUAUACUAGUGCUGUCUUUUAAAAGGUUUCAGAAAGAAUGGAUCUGGACUAUUCUGAAAUCUUUGCCCAGGCUUCCAUUGAAACCAAACCUUCAGAAGAUAUUGAAGGUUUUUUAGGUGAAAAAAGAAAGAUAAUUCAGCCCCAGUCCCUAAAGGAUCCGAAACUUGAAAAACUAAAAACGUUUCUGAUUGACUGGAUCAAUGGAUCCCUGCACCAGGAGCACAUUGUGGUGAAGAGCCUGGAGGAGGAUCUUUUCGAUGGGCUCAUACUGCAUCAUCUCCUCGCAAGAUUAGGGGAUGUUAAAUUGGAUGUAGAAGAAAUAGCUCUGACUGCCACUGCUCAGAAACGCAAGCUCUGUGUUGUAAUGGACGCCCUGAAGCAGAAGCUGAGGCUGCCAGAGGAGGCCAUGCAGAAGUGGAGUGUGGAACAAAUCCAUAGCCGGGAUUUGCUGGCUACCUUGCAUCUCUUGGUUGCCAUGGCAAAGCAUUUCAAACCCGAGCUGGAGCUGCCGGCCGGUGUGUCCGUGGAAGUGCUUAUCCUGGAGGUUAGCAAAAAUGGAAUCAAGUCAGAAAAAAUGAUUGAAUACAUUACAGACCAAGGUGUUGUUGCCGAAGAGGACACGAGUAGUCCUAUGGAUGAGCUGCUAAAACUGGGAGCACAGAAAGUGAACACGGUGAAGCAGGCCAUUUUGCACUUUGUGAACAAGAACCUAUUCAACCUGGGGUUAUCAGUGAGCAGCAUGGACAGCCAGUUUUCUGAUGGAGUGAUUCUGAUUUUACUGAUCGGGCAGCUGAACGGCUAUUUUGUUCAUCUCAACGACUUCUGUUUCAGGCCAACCACCACCUCAGAAAUGCUCCAGAAUGUGUCUCUAGCGCUGGAGCUGUUAAAGGAUCAGGGGCUGUUGCAGCAUCCCGUCGCCCCCGAAGAUAUCGUUUCCCAGGAUGUGAAAGCAACUCUGAGUGUUCUGUACGCCUUGUUUAAAAAAUACAAGGGCAGAGCUGAGGAUUCAUGAUACAGUCAUAGAAGUGCUGCAGACAGCCCCAGUCACCGGAGUGGAGCGGAUUGGUAAUAUAUUCAGAAACAUUUUAAACACGGGUACCUUGGGUCCUCAGAAAAGGAACUGCUCCAGUGAACCACACCAUAGCUUACUGAGAUCAAGCCUGCAUGCACCAAGCUGCACUGGGAGCCUUCGCUAACGUGAUCCUGGAAAUAAUCACUGCACAUUCUAUAUAUAUAAAAAGAGUCCUUACCUGAUUGGAAUGGACUAGUUUCAAGAGCAUUCUUGCUGUCAUAAACCAAACCUCUUUAUUUCUAUUUAACUAUGGUCAUUGUGCAUUGUUUUUAAAUGUAAUACCUGUAUAUACAUUUUGUGGAAUGCUUGUGAAUUGCACAUGUUUCAAAUUUAAUAAAAACCUUUUAAAUAUAAA